CGCCAUGGGAGUUUCGGCUUCUUCCCACGAGCUGCCUGCUUCCUCAGCGUGCCUCGGAGCGCACGUGACUGGCCCCACAGCUUCUGGCCCUCUUUUGUCCGGCAGCGACCUCACCAGCCGCUACUCUCUCUCUGUCAAUGAGCCAACCGACUAUGUCAACGAGGCCGCCGAGGCGCAGGCACGUGCGCUUGCACAAGGGCCCAGCAGCAGCAGCAGCAGAAGUAAGAGGCAGCGAACCGUCACUGUGGAUGUUGGCGUGCGGAAGGUCUCGCUGCCCAUGUGCGCCGAGGUGGUCUGCAAGCACGUUCAGGGCCUCAUGCACGUCAGGCUGGCCAGCAGUGUCGUCAACAAGGUGGAGACUCUGCACGUGCCCGCGGCAUCUGAAGCGGACGAACCAUCCACUACGUCGCCGCACCAGCCAGUCUAUCGGAAACGGCGGAGCUCGAUCAUUUCCAUUGCAAACUCACUGCAGUCACUCGCUGCGGGUGCGCCGCCCAAUCAGAGAGGCGUCACGGAGGGCGGUGGCGUCUCAGAGGAAAAGGCGUGGCUGUCUCGUCUCGGUUUCCUCGUUCGCCAGAGCGUCAGGAGCGACCCCCAUGUUGAGCUGGAUAUCUUGUUCCCACACUGCUCUGUGGCACUCUCGCCUUCAUUGUUAUCGGAUGGCGAGCGUGCGGCACUUGCCAGGGGCUUUACAGCACGGAAGGACAAGAAGUCGUCGCAAUAUGUCCGUCAAGUGGUUUUCGCCGCUCGAUUCUGUGCCCAGCUACAUUUGCCCAAGACACAGCAGCUGCAGCAGCCUCAGCCUCAUGGAAUGGUGCCCGGCUCGUCGUCGCCUGAAGCGCACGCCCCUCCCGUUGCCCCCUCUGGACGUCUGCUCCGCUCUGCCUCUUCCGUGACCGAUUUCACCGACUCCCUUGCCCGCCUAGCUUACAGAAGACCGUCCACAGUGACGCAAACCAGCCAGGCGACCGACACGACAGACGCCACACAUGACCCUAUCGUCUACGUGCGCAUGAUACGAGACGGCAGUGACCGGCAGGAGGACAGCAAUGGGGUGGAAAGCAUGCCUCUCUCGGCAUUUCUGCAGCGGAUCGAGAAUUGGGCGGCCGCCUGUGGGCAUCGGGCGUGGGAGGGGCUGGGAGAGAGCAGAAGAGCCCCGCGUGAGAUGGAAGGAGUAGAGUGGAAGGCUAGUCUGCGGAAAGAGGUGGCCAGGUGGGAAGGCGGGCGGGAGGGAGAUGACUACUGGGUGCCGCUUGUGCACUUGGAUGCGCUCCUGCCAGCCGAGAGGCAACGGGUAGGUACAUGACGGACGGAAACACUCUCCCCCUUGCAUGCGAUUACGUAUGUAUCUGUCGGCGUGUGCGCGUUACCCCAGCUGUACUACACCCAAGAGCUGCAGAUCGCCAGGCGCACCAAGCGAUGGACACGUAAGUUGACAUGUGCGUCAUUUUCUGCAGCAAACAAGCAGCCUCUUAUGCGGCCCAUCUGACCAAUACACAUUGCAGGUGCACUGCGAUGUCUCUCCCGCAUCUUCGACGCCCAGACCACCCGGCCGACGUCACAGCAGCGUCAGGACCUCAUAAUGAGCUUCAACGCUCUCAUACACACGACCAAGAGAAGGCUCCAGGGCGGACUCAUAUCGCAGGAUGAGUUUCGACGACGCGUGCGUGGGAUCAGCGAGAGGGUGCUGCAGCUGAUUGACCAGUACCUGCUGCCGGACGAUCGGCACGCCCUCGACAUAGCCUACUCGCCGCCACACAAGAGAGACGUCCGUGAGACGUCCUGCGCACCAGAUGUGAGCACAGGCAUUGUCCCUCUCCCUUUGCUUGCAGGCGUUGGGUGAGGCGCUGGUCAUGUGUCUCAAGGGCGAUGUGUACUAUCACCUGCUCAAGUACUGCUCCUCUCAGUCUGGUGCUGGGAAGAGAGCAAAGGACGGUGCGUCGCUUGUGGAUGCCCCUUCUGCUGCCAGUGAGGAGCUCGAGACUCCGUCAGCAGAGUAAGUGAAUCGGCAACACGCACAUUCCUUUUUAUUUGGCGGGAACGUCGAACCUUUCUUUUCACUUCUCUCUCCCUUUUAGCGUCCAAAACUUUUCGCGUUGGUAUCUUCCCAGCCGGCACUGCCCUCCCUCUGGCAGCCUGCAGCGAUCCACACCGACGCAAGACGCGUCAUCAGUAUCAGACACCGCUACACGAAGCCGGCAGAGGGCACGACGCCUCUUCAAGUAAGGGGCCGCAUUGCAAUGCAUCGAGUGGUACAGAGACAUGAAGCUGACUUCACCCCAUUAUCCUUUUCCCUCCAACAGAUCUCGUUCUCAUUCCAUCGAUGAGGAGGGGGAUUGGCUGCGGGAGGGGGAGCGGGCAUACGGACGGGCACUGGAGGUGAGUGAUGCAUCACCCGUGCACACACAGAGAGGCAGACGAGAAGUUGUCCCGACGGUUUUUGCUGCAGGCGGCUCGCUCGUUAGAUGUGGACGUCGUGGGUGAGGGCCCUCUCUCGCUGCAUCUGCACUUCGUCUAUAAGUGGGCCAGGCUGUUGGUCGAUCUGAGAGCGGAGUACGCCAAAGCACUCGAUGCCCUCCAAGACGCUCUGGUCAGCUAUCGCCAUGUGUUUUGCGUGUCCUGCGUUGUCGAUGAAAAUCUCUGCCAUCAAAUCAAUGCAGAUGACCAUUCGUGCCAAAGAGUACACAGCCUCCCUGCCUCCACACCUGAUCAAGGCCCUCACACACGCGUUCUACCCAUCAGCAGGCCUAGCAUCCCAGCAGCCGGCCCCGCCCAUCGAUCCGUGUCUCCACCUGCCCCCGUUCUCAAGGACAAGCACCACACAUCAGUCGUCGAGUGAUGCCUCUGAUGCGGCCUACCUCGUCCAAUGUGAUGCGGCGUUUGUCUAUGGUGGGGGUGAUGAUGAUGAGGGAGGCGAGAGCGAUGACGAGCUGGCGUCUGUGUGUGAGGUGGCGGAUGAGAGGGGGCAGCAGGGGCAGAGGCACGUGGCUGUGGGCGGUGUGCUGGUCAAGAAAAUAAGGAACAAGGUCGAGAAGUACUGCGUCUUCCUUCGGACAAUCAUGUAUGUGUGAUGUAGGCCAGCGACACUGCAGUGAAUCAUGCAGCUGCUUUUGGUCUCUGCCGUGUCCAUCAUCCACAGCACCAUUGUGGAUCUCCACUUUGAGGAGGCUGCGUUGAAGGAGUACUAUCGACAGGAGGGUCAGACCUUACUGCUCGAAAACCAUGUAAGCCACACGAGAGAAACCAUCGGCGUUCCACCAUAUAUGGCUGCUGUCUCUGUCUGACAGAUGAAGCGUGCUCUUCGCCGAUCGAGCAGCACCCUCACACAUGCAGUGUCUCCCGCCGUCUCCCCCACCGCCUCAAGACGCCCCUCGCUCCUCAAAGCGCUCUCAACGAUGUCUCUUUCAGUGCCCAGGGACUGUAUCGGCAUCCGAGACAAGCAAAGAGUCGGCGAGAGCGACGGCGACGUCGAUCUGCAUCGCGGCGAGAGCAUAGACAUCGACCCCUCAGGGCCGCAGAAGACUGGAAGGGGACAGGGAAGGGGGAGUACGUCCUCUCUGCUGUCGAGUGUGUCGUUGACGGGAGACGACGCGAAUCUCAAUCCGCUGCAGCAAGAGAUUUUAUUGGAGAGGCUGAAGGUUGCCGUCCACCACAAGCAGCAGCCUGCUUCACCCGGCGGCCUGCAUGAUGACAUGGACAGCCGUCGCAGCUCCAUCGCGUCGAGCGCCGCUGCGAUGAGGAGACACGGCAGCAGUGACGGUAUGGCGAGGCUGCAGUUGCCCGCACACUCGAUGUGGGUCAAGGGAGGUAGGCAAUGAAGAAGCGACACCGAAACACGACACACAUUUCUCUGUUGCAGGCCAGCGCAUGUCUUGGCGUGUGUACCGCACAUCUGUCCUGACGGUGCCGCCUAGCGCCUUGCACCCACAGCCGGUCGCCUUCACAGACAAGGUGAGAUGAGAUUGACACACAGACGGAGCAAGUGACCGAUGACGCCUACCUCACCAUGCCCUGCGUGUGCCAUUCAGGACCUGCGCCAGCUGAUUGACUCGAGCGGCGGCCUCCUCAAGUAACUCACACCUGCACGUUGACGCGGCAGACAGCUGCAUUGCCUUGUCCUUCACGAUGCAGGGGCGUGACAGUGCUCUCCCAGCUGCCGUACCCGCAGCACCUGCACGAUCAGCACACACACUCCAUCCCAGAGAACCUCGCUGUGGCCAUCGACAUGACGGCAGUCGAGUCGGCAGAUGAAGACCAACGGCACCACCAGCAAGAUGAACACCAACGGCACCACCAGCACAGCCCGUAUCAUCAUGACAUGUCUCGCAGCAGUACCAUGCCUGUGGCGGAGAGGGAGGGAGCAGGGCCUGGCAGUGCUGGCCGUGGCGCGAGGGUGAGAAGGAUGUCGACGGAUUCAUGUGUCUCCCUGAAUGUGUGUGUCUGGAUGUCGCUUGCCGUGCGUGCAGCGUGAUUCUCUGCAGACGAUAUACGAGGGUCCGGAGCACUAACUACCGUGAAGUCACGAAGCGGCCAAGCAGUCGGGCGUGCAGCGUAGAAAGACAAAGUCGGACAGACAACGAGACACACAGAGGCCAACCCGGAGUAGCCGGGAGAAGGGUAGCGACAAUCACAUUCCGUCUUUUGAUCCCAUUGAGGGAGGCAGGGACAUAAGUGCCCGUGUUUGCGCAGAGGUGCUGCUCAUUUGUCAUAUAUAUACUUUAUGCAUGAAACACAC